AUGGACAGCCAAAGCGGUGGCGCCGGAUCGGCCAAUAACUCUAGCGACUUUGUUCGCAAAUUGUAUAAAAUGCUCGAGGACCCCUCAUAUUCCUCAGUAGUACGAUGGGGCGACGAAGGAGACAGCUUUGUGGUUCUGGAGAAUGAAAAGUUCACCAAAUCCAUUUUACCCAAACAUUUCAAACACUCGAAUUUUGCUAGUUUUGUCCGUCAAUUAAAUAAAUACGACUUUCACAAGGUGCGACAAAACAAUGAGGAGGGUGGAACGUCGAUAUACGGUGCCAAUGCGUGGGAAUUUCGCCACCCUGAAUUCAAGGCGAACAGUAAGGAUACCCUUGACAACAUCAGGCGAAAGGCUCCGGCGCCACGAAAAACGUCCAAUCUCAGUGAUGAACAGAUCCCCUUUCAACAGAUUGACCUUAUGAACCAACAGAUAGUGGCGCAAGCACAACAGAUCGAAUCUCUGGUCCAAACCACCAAUCAACUUCAGAUGAACCAUCAAAUGGUGGUGCAGGAACUCCUUCGCCUUCAGAAAUCCGCCCUCAACCAUGAUCGAGUGAUGCAAGAUGUCAUGGCAUUUUUACAUUCCGUUGAUGCAAAACAGCGAAGGGACAGCAAAGCACCCUUCGCUCCACAAGCAGACUCGGCGCAAACAGGCACCACUUUAACUCCCACAAGUCAAAACAUGCUUCCUCAAGAUGAUGACAUCCCUGCCUCACCGUUGCAGCACGCCGCCAAACUUCUGAACGACAUCAAUGCGGAUGGCCAAUUCAAUAUAACGGGUCUAGAACAAAUGCAUACCAGCAUUGCCACUCCACCCAUGAACCAAAGCAGUGGUCAAUUCCGAGGGCCCAAUUCGGCCACUUCAAGCGGCAGCAUGGGAUUUGCGAAAAUGAAUCCGAAUGAUCUGGAAUCCGUCGUGUAUCCCAUGGGAACAACCAAUGGCAUUGACCCGAUGUACGCUGAACACAUUCACAACAUUCCCUAUCCUAUGCCGUCAAGGGACACUCAUGAUCCUCGUGCACAAUUUGCCGAUUCUCGGAAGAAGAACGGUGCAUACGAUCCAGGCUGGAGCAGAUCUCCAAGAAUUCUUUUGGUGGAAGAUGACUCGACCUGUCGGCAUAUUGGAGGCAAAUUCCUGCACUCAUUCUCCUGCACCGUGGAUUCUGCGCUCGAUGGUCUCGAGGCUGUGAGCAAAAUGCAGGAAGGAACCAAAUAUGAUAUGAUUCUGAUGGAUAUCAUCAUGCCGAACUUGGACGGCGUUUCUGCCUGUCAUAUUAUCCGACAAUUUGACAGGACCCCGAUUGUCGCCAUGACCUCGAACAUUCGAUCGGAUGACAUCCAAAUGUAUUUCCAUCACGGCAUGGAUGACGUCUUACCCAAGCCAUUUACUCGAAAAUCGCUGCUGGACAUGUUGGAGAAGCACCUGAUGCAUCUGAAGAAAAUCCCACAGGGAAUGGAUGCCCCCACCACUGCAGGAACCAUCGUUCCUUCUGGCGGGCCUUCGUCUACAGCACAUUCGGUCCGUGAUGACAUGUCCGCUGGAGCGUCUCCCGCGGGCUCAAGUGGAACUUGGAAUUCACCGAGCCAAUACGCAGGAGUAUCCCCAGUCAACGCCAAUAUGCACUUUACUGGGAUGUCUCAGCAGCAACACUACGUCGAUGCCAGUGGGAACGCCACAUCGUUUCAAAGUGGUCCACAAACUCCUGUGGGUAUGAGAGGACCCGGCAUGAUGCAACAGCAAGCUCAGAGAAGGGGACAAUCGGAGAUGUCUGGCGGAGGAGACACGGGAAGUGCCAACAAACGACAACGGAUAUAUGCACCACCACAAUCCAUGGCCACCCCAAUGCGACAAUAA